AAAUCUGAACAGCCGGAGUAGUAUUUCAAUUGCAGUGGUGCCUGAAUCCCGUGGUCCAGUCCCGGGUUUGACUCAAUGACAACAUUACCAUCCGGUUGUGCCUUCGGACCCUUCCGGUUAUGGUAUCAUGGCAUCAUAGGCAGACGGAGGCACGCGGAUGCUGCCAAACAAGCACCUGAUAUAUAAACAUAAUGGCAGUGAAUACACAAAACUUUCUCUGGUCUGAUAGACUACGAGGACACCAUGGAUCAACAACUUCAGAAUUCCACGACCCGGGACGAUUACUCUCCUUCGUCUUCGAGCUCGCUCCGGGAAGUUCCUGAGCCUACGCCCAUCAGCCGGCGUCCAACGCAGGUCGAGCUUUCGCGUACCGAGACCUCCCAUUUGCAUCACCAGUCGACCGUCGGAUCGAGGAAGACUCGCGCGCCUAGGGACGAAUGGCUGCCGUUCGGAGGAGACAAGGAAUUUCCGCCAGACCUGCCGGAUCCUGAGAAGUAUGUCGUAGAAUUUGCUGGCGAGUUUGAUCCGCUGCAUCCGCAUAACUGGCCGACAUGGAGAAAAAUCAUGCAAUCUGCCAUCCUCACCUAUUCGACCAUCACAUCCUCCUUCUGCAGCGCGAUCUUCUCCUCUGCUGUCGGCUCCGUUAGUGCUCAAUUCGGCAUCAGUACCGAAGUUGCAACCUUGGGUAUUAUGCUCUAUGUCAUGGGCUUCGCGUCAGGCCCUGUACUCUGGGCACCAUCUUCAGAACUAUACGGUCGUCGAUGGCCUAUGGUAAUAGGCUUAUUCGGGCUCAGCGUUUUCACCAUAGCCACCGCCACCGCCAAAGACGUGCAAACAAUCAUGCUGACACGCUUUUUUGCGGGCUUCUUCGGCGCCUGUCCGUUGGCGAUUGUUCCUGCGGUGUUUGCGGACUUGUUCAAUAAUAAGUAUCGGGGAGCGGCGAUUGCUGUGUUCGCCAUGGGUGUUUUUGUAGGCCCUUUUGUGUCCCCUUUUGUUGGUGGCUUCAUCACGAUGAGUUACCUAGGAUGGCGGUGGACGAUGUAUUUAUCAUCCAUCAUGGGCUUUUUUGCAACGGUAUUGUUGUUGCUACUUUUCAGGGAGACCUAUGCGCCCAUUGUGUUAAUGGGGAAGGCAUCCACUUUGCGCCGACAAACCCGAAACUGGGGUAUCCAUGCGAAACAAGACGAGGUCGAGGUAGAUUUCAAAGAACUGCUCACGAACAACUUCAGUCGGCCAUUUAUGAUGCUAAUCACCGAGCCAAUUGUGUUCUUGGUCACGCUGUACACAUCCUUCAUCUACGGGCUCAUGUAUGCCUUGCUGGGCGCAUAUCCGGUGGUGUUCCAGGGUAUUCAUGGAAUGAACUUGGGUGUUGGCAGUUUGUCCUUUAUCGGCCUAAUCAUAGGCGAACUACUGGGAGGAGCAUUUACCCUCCUUGGACACUCAGCCUAUGUCAAGAAACUUGAAGCCAAUAACAACAUGCCAGUUCCGGAAUGGCGGCUUCCAGCAGCCACUCUCGGCGGUACUGUCUUCACAAUUGGUUUAUUCUGGUUUGGCUGGACCGGGUUCACAAAGGACAUUCACUGGAUGGCCCCAAUAGCCUCGGGAGUCUUUGUCGGAUUUGGCAUUUAUGUCAUUUUCCUCCAAUGCUUCAACUAUCUUAUCGACUCCUACCUUCAUCUCGCGGCAUCUGUCUUUGCAGCCAAUACCAUUCUUCGGUCCGCAAUCGGCGCAUGCUUCCCUCUAUUUUCCCGGCAGAUGUUCCAGAACCUGGGAGUCCAGUGGGCAGGCACGUUACUGGGAUGCCUGGCCGCGAUUAUGAUCCCGAUCCCCUUAGGGUUCCUCUUUUAUGGACCGGCUCUGCGGAAAAGGAGUCGUUUCCAGCCGUCUCAAGCGGUAUAUCAUGAGAAAGAGUGAUUGUAUUGUAUAUUCCAUCAGCAUAUGCAUCUUGUUUGAUAUCCUAUUGCGCGAUAUGUCUUUACCAUCAAUCGAUUGAUAGAAUCAUGGAUGAAA